AACGUGCUUUUCUGUUUCAAUUUCGGUUUAUGUGCGCCUUAUCUGUGAUCUUCUUUCUUUCUGAUCCUACACUAUUCGUCCGCACUUCGUGACACAUCGUUUUGCACUCAAGCAAGCCCGUCAUCAGGUAAAGCAAUCUUAUCGCUUCGAUCUUUGAACCUACCUACCUACCUUGUCGACUGGAUUUCAAAGUGAAAGUCUGCGGAGGGGAUGCACCGGUCUUUACACUUCUCGUCGUCAGUGUAGGUCGCAAAGAUGAAGCUAUCGACGUUUAUCCUCGCAGUUUUGACCUGCGUAUCCUCGUGUCAGCUCAGCGGGGCAAGUAUUUCUUCUAAGGAUGCUACCCAGCAAAGAAAGGCCGGUCCAACCCCCAUCGUAUUUUAUCACGGACUGGGUGACUCCUGCUGCAACCCGCUCAGUCUCGGCGGCUUCGCGAAGUUCGUCCAGGAAGAAAUCCCGGGCGUGCACAUCAACUCGUUGAAGAUAGGAGACUACAUGCUGCAAGAAAUCGAGUACAGCUAUUUCGAGAACAGCAACGUUCAGGUUGCGACGGCCUGCGAGCUGAUCAAGAACGACAGCGCUCUCGCGUCCGGCUAUCACGCUGUGGGCUUCUCGCAGGGAUCCCAGUUCCUCCGCGCCGUGGCGCAACGUUGUCCGGACCCUCCCAUGCUGAAUCUGGUGACUCUGGGGGGUCAACACCAGGGCAUAUUCGGCCUUCCCAGGUGUCCCGGCGAGCAGUCGAGGUUGUGCAAUCUGGCGAGGCAGCUUCUGAACGUGGGGGCCUACUGGGAUUUUGUCCAGUCCCACCUGGUACCGGCCCAGUAUUGGCACGACCCGCUGCACCGCGACGUGUACGUCGCCAAGAGUCUUUUCUUGGCGGACAUCAAUAACGAAAGGCCGGACAAGAACGCCACCUACAAGGAGAACCUGCAGAAGCUGAAGAACUUCGUGAUGGUGAUGUUCGAGAACGACACCGUGGUAGACCCCAAGGAAUCGGCCUGGUUCAGUUAUUACCCUCCUGGGGACGAUAUGCAUGUCGUGCCUCUGCAGCAACAACUCCUCUACAAGGAAGACUGGCUGGGACUCAAGAAGAUGGACAAGGCAGGAAAGCUCAAGUUUCUCGCAACUCCUGGUGACCACCUCCAGUUCGAGAAGCAGUGGUUCGUAGACAACAUCUUAAAUGUCUACCUCAAGGAUUAAUGCUAUACUCAUUUUUUGUG